AAAAAUCGACAUUAUGAACUGAAUUGAGGAAUCUUUCUGUAGAAUUAAGACAGCAAAAGGAAGUCUAGGUGUGAAAUUUAGGACAAAGGGCUUGGCGGAUGAAUAUUGCAACCACUUAUCCAUUGCUAAUGUACACAACACAGUACCUGUCGUCGAGUGCAUGCGUACAUGCGGCCACGGUAUGGUGCACAGUUUGUUAUGUGACCGGGAAAAUUGACAGGAUCGUAGAAAAUACUCCGAUUUUGGGCCGCUUCGAUGGAACAUUAUGCUACAUUCGAGGACACUAUCAUGUAGGUGACAUCUUGGCUGCCUGCAGAGAUGGCAUGGCUAUGGAUUCUAGUCUUGGUAUGCUGUUUACGAGCACAAAUACGAGCCUUACCUCCGGAACUUGUCUUUGCGAAUCGCAAGGACAUUCGCAUCCUCAACUUUGGGAUGUCCAACGACUCGGACGUGGCCACGACAGAGUCCAGCAUCAUCAUUGGCAAUCUGGAGGAUGCGGCAGCCAUGGAUUACUUGUUCUCCGAGCAACUCAUCUUUUGGACCGACGUCAGCAUCGAAAUGAUCAAGCGGAUGCGAUAUAAUGGUUCCCAGAUUCAGGAAGAUGUCAUAUCCACUGACGUGAAAGCUCCAGAUGGACUGGCCUGUGAUUGGGUGGGCAGAAAGAUUUAUUGGACAAACACAGAGACGAACAGAAUAGAAGUGAGUGAAUUGAACGGACAGUCAAGAAAAGUUCUGUACUGGCAGGAUUUGGACCAACCAAGAGCAAUUGUGGUACAUCCUGAAAGAGGGCUCCUUUUCUGGACAGACUGGGGAGAAAUUCCCAAGAUUGAGCGCGCCGGUAUGGAUGGAUCAGAACAUUACCGCAAGGUCAUCAUAGACACAAACAUCUUUUGGCCAAAUGGCUUAACGUUAGACUAUGACACAUCGAAGCUGUACUGGGCAGAUGCCAAAUACAGCUACAUCCACAGGUGCAACUUUGACGGCGGGAACCGGGAGCAGGUGCUCCAGGGGUCCCUGCCCCACCCCUUUGCGCUGACGCUGUUUGAGGACACUCUGUACUGGACCGACUGGGAGACGCACUCAAUACACGCUUGUAAUAAAAUGGACGGUGGAAACCUGAGAGUGGUGCAUGAGGAUCUGUUCUCACCGAUGGAUAUUCACAGUUAUUCCCCCUUGAGGCAGAAGGAAGUUUCCAGACUGUGUGCAGUGAAUAAUGGAGGCUGUUCUCACCUCUGUCUGAUGUCACCAGACCCUCCUUUCUACGCCUGUGCUUGUCCUACUGGGGUGCGGUUACAGUCGGACAGAUUGACCUGUGCCAACGGCGCGCAAGAAAUCCUAAUCCUGGCUCGCCGUAGGGACAUCCGUAAGAUCUCCUUGGACACACCAGACUAUACCGACAUUAUUGUACCGCUGGAGGAUAUCCAACACGCUGUGGCCAUUGAUUACGAUCCCGUCGAAGGCUUCAUCUAUUGGACAGAUAAUGACGUCAAGGCAAUCAGGAGAGCUAAGUUGGAUGGAUCCGCGAGUGAGUACAUUGUCACAUCAGACAUCGACCAUUCAGAAGGUAUCGCCAUUGACUGGAUUGCACGGAACUUGUACUGGACGGUGACGGGUACCGAUAGGAUCGAGGUGUCUCGACUGAAUGGGACGUCCAGAAAGGUUCUGAUCUCUGAAGGUCUUGACGAGCCAAGAGCGAUCGCUGUGGAUCCAAUGGCAGGGUUGAUCUACUGGAGUGAUUGGGGCGAAAUCCCUAAGAUAGAGAAAGCUAACCUGGAUGGCACUGGCCGCUCAGUCCUCAUCAACACCUCCAUCAGCUGGCCCAAUGGUAUCGCCAUCGACCACCAGGAAGGCAAGAUCUACUGGGGGGACGGGAAGGAAGACAGGAUCGAGGUGGUUGAUAUGGACGGCAGCAAUCGCAGGGUCUUGGUGGAUAACGAGAUACCGCAUAUAUUCGGUUUCAGUCUGCUGGGUGAUUAUAUUUACUGGACUGACUGGCAGCGGAGAACCAUCGAAAGAGUCAACAAACACAGUGGAGAAGAUCGUCAGAUGAUUAUGGAGACGUCAGAUGUUAUGGGACUGACAGCCAGCAGUGUCAGAGAAGUCCAAGGUCACAACCCUUGCGGUACUAACAACGGUGGCUGCAGUCACCUCUGUUUCUACCUUCCACCCAGCAUCAUCUGCUCUUGUCCAAUCGGCUACGAGCUUCUAGCGGACCAGCGCACCUGCAUCAUUCCCGAAGCCUUCCUGCUCUUCUCAUUGGCCAGCGACAUCCGCCGGAUAUCCCUAGAGACCAAUCACAACGACGUUGAGAUACCUCUGACUGGGGUGAAGGAGGCAGGGGCGUUGGAUUUUGACAUCAACGAUAACAGAAUAUACUGGAGUGACAUGGAUGCCAAGACGAUCAGUCGAGCUUUUCUGAAUGGCAGCGGUAUCGAGAAUGUCAUUGAGUUUGGUCUGAGUUUCCCUGAAGGCAUGGCCAUCGACUGGGUGGCUCACAAUAUCUACUUCUCAGACACGGGUACUGAUCGGAUUGAGGUGGCACGGCUAGAUGGCUCAGCCAGACGAGUGUUAGUCUGGGAGAGAGUACAAUCCCCAAGAUCUAUAGCUUUACACCCGUCUGAAGGCUAUAUGUACUGGUCAGAUUUCAGCGGUCAGGCACAGAUCGAGCGUGCCUACAUGGACGGCACACAUCGUUCUGUCAUCUAUCGUGGUGGCCGGGCUAACGGCUUGACCAUAGACUACUUGGAGAGAAGGCUGUACUGGACAUCUCUGGACACCAACACCAUCGAAUCAGCUGACCUUCUCGGUGGUAGCAGACGUCGUGUCAUCCCCGACGAUCUCCCCCACCCCUUUGGUCUGACUCAGUACCAGGAUUACAUCUACUGGGCCGACUGGGAAACACAGAGUAUUGAACGAGCUAACAAGACUAAUGGGCUGAACCGCACCCUCAUCCAAGAUGGCUUGGAGUACGUCUUGGACAUCCUAGUCUUCCAUUCUUCCAGACAAUCGGGAUGGAACGAAUGUGCUGUUAAUAAUGGAGGAUGUCAGUUUCUCUGCCUGUCACAUCCCAACGUUACCACAGGAGAGUGGGAUUAUGUCUGUCAAUGCCCUACCCACUAUACGCUGAAUGAAGAUGGACAGACAUGCACACCUCCAGACAGAUUUCUUCUCUUCAGUCAGAAGAACACCAUCAGUCGCAUGGCGGUAGACUACAGAAACAGUCCUGACGUUGUCUUGCCCAUCUACAACUCUCGUAAGAACAUCCGAGCGAUUGAAUACGACGCCCAAGAGAAGAGAGUGUAUUGGAUCAACACCCGGGCUAACACCGUACGGAGAUCGUACGACAACGGCGUACAGCCUGAAGUCUUUAUUCCCAACUCCGGCGAUCCACCUGUGUACAACCCUUACGAUCUUGCCAUCGAUCCCUACACGCGCAUGAUGUUCUGGACCUGCUCAGAGACCAAUACGAUACGGAUAACUCGGCUGGAUGGAACGCCGAUUGGCGUGGUCAAAGGAGACGACAAUCAGAAGCCGAGGGCGAUAGCACUGAUUCCUGAAAAAGGCCUCAUGUUUUGGACCAACGUCGUCCGGACACAGCACAAGAUAGAGCGAGCAUCUUACGACGGCACGGAGCACACUGUCCUGUUCAGCGUGAACCUGGGUGAACUAGGACCGAUCACUGCUGACCCUUCCAGCGAGACAUUGUUUUGGGUGGACACCAUGCUGAAGAGAAUUGAAAGUGCACAUAUCUCGGGCUCAGAUCGUCGCACCCUUGUGGAGGACCAUAUCCUACUCCCCAAGGGCUUAGCAGUGCUGGGUGAUCACCUUUAUUGGGUAGACAGACAGGCUGAGAUCAUUGCCAGGGUCAACAAGUAUUCCGGUAGUGGAUGGGUGCGAAUACAAGGAGAGACGAGUUACCUGACGGACAUACAGGCAGUUGGGAUGCCGCUACAAGCUGACCACCCCUGCAUAGAUGACAACGGCGGAUGUUCUCACAUUUGCAUCGCUAUGGGUGACGGCCAAUCACGAUGUUCAUGUCCUCUUGACCUGGUUCUCCAAGAAGACGAGAGUACAUGUGGAGAUCCGCCCACUUGUUCUACCAAGGAAUUUACCUGUGUGUCUGACAGUAACCUGUGUGUUCCGUUGUCGUGGCGAUGUGAUUCCGACUUUGAUUGCGAUGACCACAGUGAUGAAGAAGAUUGCCCAUUUUGCAAGCCUAACGAGUUCCGAUGUGACAAUGGCCAGUGUAUUGAUAUGGUGCUUCGCUGCAAUUCCAAGAACGAUUGCUCGGAUGACUCGGACGAGCAGUACUGUACGGCUCCCUGCCGUGCUAACCAGUAUGAAUGCGUCAACAAGCAGUGUGUGGAUGUGGAGAAUCCAACGUGUGAUGGGGUCAGACAUUGCUACGAUGGCAGCGAUGAGAAGAACUGUGAUGAAAAUCCGCAGGAAACUCCAACAAUCAACAAACCGCCUGAAAUGUCCGGCGCUGUGAUAGGAAGCAUCGUGGCUCUCAUCUUUGUCAUCUUCAUUAUCAUUGGUCUAAUCAUUAUCUUCCGUCACUGCCGAUGUGGAACUGCACAAGGGGGCAUGGCUGGCCGAGGGGCAGUAGAUAAUGGUCAGUACUCCACGGUACUGAUGGUCAACCAGCUGGGUGGACGAGACUCGUCUAGUAAAUACCUCUCAGGAUCAGCUCGCUGCAGCAACUUGAAAUCCACCAACCUUCACAGCUGUGCCAACGGCAAGAGCGGCAGCAGCAGCAGCUGUGGGGGUCUGUUUGAGCGUGCUCACCCUACUGGCGCCUCGUCCUGUAGCUCCGAGAUGAGCGUUUCCGGUAACAGUAAUUACCCGAAGGAGACGUUGAAUCCACCACCGAGUCCUGUCACCGAUCGUUCCCAGUGUAUGGCCGACUUGUACUACCCACCUCAGAAUCCAUCAACCAGUAGAUCAUAUCGACAUUACAAGAUGCGCAACAUCCCACCUCCACCCACGCCUUGCAGCACUGACUUCUGCGAGGACAGCGAGCCUUACGUCAAGACACCGCACCACCAGAAGCACCACGCCACGCGCCGGAAACGUGGCAACAAGUAUUACACCAACGUGACGAACUUUGACGUCGCGUAUGAGCCGGAGCCGUACCCGCCUCCCCCUACGCCGAUCAUGUCGGACAAUAACUACGAGAGUUGCCCGCCCUCUCCGUCGACGGAGAGGAGCUUCUUCAAUCCCUACCCACCUCCGCCCUCCCCAGCCACGGAUUCGACGUGAUGGCAACCAACGGGGAAGUGCGGACUUCUGGAAAUUCUUUACCAGUAUCUAUCAGGGUUUGUAUUCAUUUGGAAUUGGCAUCGUGGACAACACCAGCCCUUCAUGUCAUCUCUGUAUUCCUCCAUGUCAGUACUUGACACCCCUGUCAUCUUCAACCACAAACAUUGACAGGACUUCAUCUAACAGUACUUAUCUCCAUCUGCCGCUGACAGGUUCGUCAGUCUCCAAGGCAUGGCUGCAGUUGUCGACUGUGCUAAUACAAAAGCCACAUCUGAAUCGAUUAUUUUGAGGCUGUGGCUUUAAUUUCACCACUGACAAUCUACAGCGCAGAGCUGUAGCCAUAGCCACUGAAAGCCUAUGUUGGAUGUAGUCUCAAUUUCCAUUCAUUCAACAUACGCACAGCGCAGGUGCUGUGGACAAGUUUGUCUACUCCUCACACAAGUAACCCCCCCCAACAGUCGCGUUCGGUAAAAGAGAAGUUUUGGUAACAAUUGAAUGCCACAGUGUGUCCAGGGACUUCAGUAGCUGCACGUGUCAUUUCCACCUGUGGCCGUGACUUUCAUAUGUGAUCGUAACAAAUGACCCACCUGCUGUGAUCCUUCAAUAUUGACAUGAUGAAAAAUGCACAGAAGCCAAUGAAAGAAGUCCUCUGGAAGAGCUACGACAGAGUCUGGUGUCCGCACAUGCUCAGGCAUUCACAACCAGAAGACGCCAACAUAGCUCUAGAAUCAAGACAUGGAUGUGGUCUGAGUCCUGCCUCUCUCUCUGUUGGGGAGACUACCAUUGUAUUCCACUUACCACAAGUCUCUUUUCUCUGUUUUUAUCUUGAGCAGCGACUUAAAUAGUUCGCUGUGAAGAAUUCAGUUGACAAUCAGGUUUCACGUCCUUAGACCAUUUUUACUUACUUUUAUUUCUGUUUGUACAAAGGACUCUUUCUGGUUUUUAUUCCUUUUUAGUAUUUAUACCUCAUCAAAAGUAUAUAUUUUGUAUUACUUUUCAGUUUGAUUUUCUUUUUAUGCAAAGUACGCCCUGUACCUGUAAUCUGUAAAAUAAUCUUUGUAUCAUGUACACAAAAUUCAUCCAGUGUAUCGUUGAAAUGACCUUUGACAUUGUUCAUGAACUUUUGACCUCACUGAAUGUCCUUUGACCUGGAUUGUCCACGAUCAACCAAACGUGCGGGUAUGUUAGAAGUGGAAGUGUUUUAUCUCACGGUGUAUUAUAAUGUAAAUAUUUAAACAGAGUUUAAGAAUAUUGAAUAUAUUUAAAACAUACAAUGUAAACCUUUUGAAAAAAACAAGAAGAUGCAAAACCCAUCCUUAACCCAGUCAGAUACAUAUCCAAUCAGACCAAAAUGAUCCAACAUACACUCUGGUUUCUCUGAUAGCCCACCGAAACAGAUUUUGUUUCUUCAUGUUGAUCAUUCCAUGACAUAAAUGAUUGAUUUGUAAACAUGGGAAGUACUCGGCAUAAAAGUUCAAUCUGUUUCAAUCGAAUCCAUCUCGUACCUUAUUUUCAAAAUACCAUGCAACCUUAUUCGAAACCUGUAAUAUUCAGUUCAAGUUAAGUUAUGGUUGAAAAAAAUAUCUCCCAAGAUGGCAGUUUCUGGAGUUUUCGUGAAGGUUAAUUUGUUGUUGCCUAACCUGUAUUCAGCGUUUACUACAUGCGUUUGUACUUUUGUUAUAGUUCUGUCAAUUUUAACAAUGUUUUAACAGUGCCAUUUUAAUAUAGCAAUAGAGAGGUGCAUUUUGAAAAUGUAAUAUCAACAUGCGCGGCAUGCUUCCAAAUUCCUUUGAUAAACGAGAAAAUUGUUUUAAGUAACGGGGAAGGUAGAUUUAGACCAUGUUUUGCAAGGGUAAGAACAGAUAAUUUAUGGAAAAUAUGCCAAAUUAUGUACAUAAUUAUCUAUGCUGCACAUUCAAGAAUGUUAUCUCUGCCCCAUUUUUGUGUCCAUGGUACCAUGGUUGGCCAUAUCAUUGCACAAUAUUCACAGCAUCUUUCACCAUACAAACUUCAUGUACAUCUAUAUACUGCGAUAAGCUGGAAAUCAUGUUGUCGAAAUUAUUCAGAUUUCAGAAGGCUGAUUCAUCGGUCAUACUAAUUGGAUUCUGGAAAUCUUGUGGAACACCCUGACAUUGUGAGACAGAUUGUUUUAGUCCUAGUUUUUGACAGGGUCCAUGUCUGGCCUUCAGGGGAUGCUGUCAGAAUGAGCAGUUGAUACCUGUGAUAUUAGAUAAUCGACAGUAACCAGACUAAGGUGAUCCUCGCUGAGAGAGAAAACUUGAGAUUCCUGGCAGUAUUCAUGGUCUUGCUACUGCAGGAAGAAUUUGUAUUCACAGUACUUAAGACUCUUGCGGCUUUGGUAUUUUAUCUGACGUAUCGAUAUUGGGAAAGGCAGAGAUAAAACUACACAUUCUGAGUAUGUUUGGAUUAAUUUUACAGGUUUAUUAUCGUUUGGAGAACUAUUAGAAGUAUUGCUCAUUUUCUGAUGUCCAGCAACAGGUGUAUGUUAAUUGGCUGUUGGCCUACUCAUUACCGUAAACCAAGGACUGAUAGGUCAUGUCUUGAGUGGUAUUACUUUCGUUUUGAGGUAAGCUGCGAACAUCUCAUUGGUGGAAGAGGUUUUGGUUCGCUCCUAUCCUGAACACCGUCUAGUUUGAUUAAACAGAUCGAAUAAUGUGUGAUAUCAGGCUGUGUCCAAAGCGUACCUCAGGCGCAGUUUUUAAGUUUUGGUCACCUGGUGGGUCGCUAUUUAGAGAAAACUUCAGCCAGGAUACUGGGUACACGUUGACAGUGAAAUUGGUUUAUUGGAAUUUUGUAGGAGACAUUGUAUGCAUUUCUGAACGAGCUGGAGACAGCCAUACGAACAAUUUAUAUUUGACUCUGAAAACCAAAGCCACAAGUACUUUGAUAUGAAGUUUGGGCACAUGAAAAGCCUGCCUAGCCUAUCUCUACUAAUUACGACAAAUUAUGUGCAUGUUCAUAUCGUGGAAUCCAUUUGACUACGCUGACAAAAACUGUAACGGGAAUAAUAUUUGUAGGAUUUAUCUCAUACCACGGAGAUAUGUUAAUGGAUUGAGGCCAGUAUAGAGUAAGUCCUUAGGAAACAGACACGUUGAAAAGAAAGGUAAAAGUGUCGAUUUUAUCCAAUCAGUUUGUCGAUGUAGCGGACAUUUUAGGCCUAAGGCCCCUUUGCAAAGCGGUGAGGUGUUAAGAUCUUUCCAUCCAAACUGCCUAAAUACGCAUGCAUAAGAAUAGUACUCAUUACUCCAACUAUGUGAUCACAUUGGUGCGUCGUUUACCAAGUUAUGUAUUCUUUAGUGUUCUGAGUAGAAACAUUACGUACUUAACCUCUGUGAAGGGACUGUCGAUGUUAUUUUGUUACCAGUUUUGUUACUUGCUAUUGUACUACGGCAGCCAUGCAUAUUUUUAUUGUAUGCUUGUCCGUGGACGUCAAAUCUGUACCAUAAUGUAACAUACUCCGUAUGUAAACUAUUAAGAAUAAUUUGCGAUUAAAAAUUUAUACAUUUUGUACAAAUGUGGAACGGAACAAAGUUUGGUUUAGUUAGUUUUGUGCACGAGUCGCUUCAUGUUACAAUCAUGAUUGAGAAGGUGGAUGCAUUGAACAGCAAAGGGCACGUAAGUGACGUUUACAGAAAUUAUACAGGACAAGUCCGUUUCCCCCAGAAAUAGUCAUCUCCGCUGCAAUGCAUAAAAGAAAUUCAUAAUGACUGUUUUGCAUUUUUCCUUUGAGGUGUUUUGAAGCUGUGUGUGCCCCUUGUUGUAAGAUGUAUCAAUCCAGAAUACUAUAAUAAUUAGCAAGCAUCUUGUGUGAAUCAGAGUUUACACGAGAUGGUCCUUGACUUCAGAAGUGAGGGCUUGAUGCAAAGAAGGUGCUUGUACACGGAAAUUCUUCCUUCUUUCCACAAAACGGGGCUCUGAUCCCCUGGGGAAUAGUUGCAGAAAUGCCGAGAACGAACAAUUUCCUGUUGGAAAAUGAAGUGUGGGGCGAUAAUGUUAGGCCGCUCACUCAAGUGAUCUGACACGCUCGUUGAAAUCGAAGACACUGAGCACUUUCAGAAAGGUUGUUAAAAUCCCAUGGACUCGAACGAGCCAGCUGUAUACAUCAUUGUCACAAAAGCGCUUUGGUGCAAAUAAGGCCAACAAAAAGUUUUUUGUCUCUGGUCAGCGCGUCUGUCGAUGUCAAGCAUGCGUGUUUUUCUAUGGCGAUCCCGAGAAAGUCGGGAACACGAGCAGAAGAAACGAGAGCCGACGUCGUUAGGAUGUAGGACCAGUAGGCCUGCGUUGGACACCACAGGAUAGACAAGAAAACUCAGGCAAGUAAACUUUUGCUUUUGAGAAAGAUUCUGCUAGGAUCCAAACGUCAGGCCCUCCCUUUUUUGAGGCAAGUAAGCUAGACAGGUUUGGGGUAGCACCAUGGAACAUGUGGGGCUCUGAAAAGGACCAGUGGAACUCAACGUUUCGAACAUGUCGACAGUAUGCUCGGUCCGUCGUCGGGAGAGUACAGUACCGCCGGUUCUUUUCAGAACCCCACAUACUCAAAAAAGACAGAUACCCAUGGAGCAACCGCUGUACCUCCACCAUGAAAAGUUUCAAAUCUCAUGAAAACUCAGGCAGCUCCUACUUAAUACCUAAUGAUGUCAUACACGUGGCAACAUAGCAACAGGCAUAGAUUUGACUGUUUAUGGGGGUCGGUUUUAUUUCAUGACUCCUAGCCUCAAUUGAGAGUAAUAAUUAAACUGGUAAUUCUGUAACACGAGAAUUUAACGAUAAAGCUAACUUCAUGCGUAUAUCAGAAAUAUACGAACUUGGAAUUAAGUCACUUCACUUAAUGUUUCGAAUUUUGGGUAUAGCAUUUUACAUUUUGUUUCGUGUAGGGCCCUAUUCUACAAUCGAUAACACAGGAUAGGUUUGAAUAUAUCUGUGUAUGUUAACAAAACAUUAUAUUAAUUUUUAUUAAGCUGAAUGAGUGAUACAGUUCCGCUUAACAGGCGGCAUGAAUCCAUUUAUUGUGACAGAACAUUGAGUCAAAUAUCGAUAUUACUGCAAAACUUUCGAUAUCCAAAUACUUUGAAAUUGAAACAUAUAUUUGUUUGGCUAAUUGAAUGGUGUAAUUCUGAGUGACACUUGAUACAUGUCAACAGCAACAACUCCACAACCGGUUUAACUACCGGUAUGUGAAUCACAUAUCUUGUGACAAGCUUAAUAUUCUCAGGACUACAAAGUUUUCGAUGAACAGAACAGUUAUACAUUAAUGAGGCAUCCACCGUUUUUAUGCUGGUCCGAAACUGGAUGUUUAAAAAGGAAAACUCGGUGGAUCAUUAAUCAAUAAACGGAUAAAAGAACUUAGUUUGGAUGGUGUAAAAAAAAAA